AUGCGUAGCGCAAUCACACUAGAAUUCACCGCAAUACACGAGCUGGAAAUGAUCGUACCGCUCAAUGGGCCAGAUGCUCUGUGUUGUACUAGAUGCGCUGAUGAAAAGUGGAAAAUGAUCUGCAAAUGCCAGCUCGUAUUCCUGGCCGUGGGGUUAUCCCUCUUGCACACAGAAGCUGCUGUGGGUCAAAUAAAACUUAAGCAACCUGAAAAUGGCGUUCUGAUUUUGAAGUAUGCAAACAGUACUGAAUGCGAAACCUUGCUUGAGAUCGAAUACUCGGAAACCGAAAAGAUUUAUAUUGAUACGUACAUGGAUGGCACGAAAUGGAACAUGAUGCUUAUUCAAAAUGGGAGUUCGUCUUAUAAUAUCAAAAGCGAAAUAAUACGCGGACUUGGAAACCACAUUCUGAGCAUGUAUUUUUCUACAAGCGUUUUGUUGUCCAGUCCAUUCGACAACAUCAAUAUCACUGUGGUCAACUCUGUACAAGUGGAGGCAGUCUUGGAUUCAGGCGAAUACAGGAACCAAAUGUACAAGGCUGGCAUAUUUGUCCGUGUUCCUAUUUCAGGACAUGAAGCCAAAGUAACAUCUGGUUCUGAAACAAAAAGCUGCAUAGGUCUGUCUGGAGGAACUUUUAAGCAGAGGUACAAUAAUCAUAUCAAGUCAUUCAAACACGUCAAAUACGAAAAGGAAACAGGAUUGUCCAAGUACAGAUGGGAGCUGAAGCGGAAGGAAGCCCAGUACAUCAUACGCUGGAGGAUAAUAAAGGAAUCGAACACUCAAGGGCGCCUGUCUGGGCAGUGCAACUUGUAUCAGGUGUCAGCCUUGACAGCUGAUGUGGCAGUACUCAUGCGAGUGCCACCGGUGGGCGAGGGUGUGCUCAUCUUUCGCGGACACCUGAUGUCAUCACUGUUGCAUCAGGAUGCAAAACCUGAUGAACCGUUUGAAGUCCACGCAUCGGUUAGGAAUGACCCCAAUGCAGAGUUUACCUUUGAUUUGGACAAACUUGCCAUUCUGAUACAAUCGUGUGAUGGAAACUUUCUUACCAAUGACAAAGCCAACAACGGUACCCACAAGUUGAUUGCCGUGGCAUCAAACACCAUCACACAUAUAAAUAGAACUGCUCUAGUGACCUUCAUGUACAAACCUGUCGUCGUAGCUGACAAUGAAAUAAAUAUUGUAUUUGGCGACCCAGUUAUUUUGGUGGGAUCAACCUACGAAAUUAAUAUUAGUGUUAAUCAGAAUGCAGACGUGGGUGCUUUUGUUAAUUUCGACACAUUAAUUGUGACGAAUCACGACUGUUUUCAGUUAAAUGCUUCAAACAGAUACGCCGAGGCUGGAUCCUUCACCAUCGAUGUCUUCGUCUGGACCCCAAGUGGCAACAAAUCCGACACAAGGGACCUAAAGGUGGUGUAUCGUUACAGCGGUUUCACUAUUGGCCUAAACAAAAAUGAGAUACAGACGACCGAUAAUGCAACGUUCUACGUCAAUCGAAAUCAGACGGCUGAUUUAUACAUGGGCAACCUGACCGUCACCAUCUCCCCAUGUGGAACAUCCAGCUUGGUGGAAGAAUUAACGCUCCUGCCUGGCGAAACGCAACUGUUCCCGUGCUCAUUUCUAACACAGGGCAACUACACAGUUAACAUCUCAACACAGUCACCAUUUGGGAUAGAAGAUUUCCUGACAAUGGAUGUCUACGUCUGGGACAGGUUGAAUGUCUCCCUGCAUUUCAACGAAACAUACUUCGCAGUUGGUUCACAACCUGUGUUUCAAGUUGUUGAUCCUCCACUCUCUGGAUUUAAAUACCAUAUCGACUUUGGUGAAAUGACAAUAAUCGAGGAAGCUAAUCCAGGGAUUUUGAUGCAGCCAUACUCCGGUAUUAGAUUACCAGCCUCAUUUAAUUAUACUGAACCUAAAACAUAUUUCAUCACUUUCAGGGCAUAUAACGAUUUCUAUACCGUUUUACAAAAAACGUGUAUCAGUGCUAUCUACGGACUUCCCGAUAGCUAUCUUCAAGUGAACCCAAACCGAACUCUUCUUAUUCCAGAAGAUGGCCUUGUUCAAUUUGAAAUAUAUUCUAAUGAUGGUCUGGCUGCUCCCAAACCCUCCAAUGUUACCUGCGAUAUAGAUUAUGGUAACUUAACUGUCUUAAAUGUUGCAACUGAGUUUGACUAUAACGCCACCGGUUUUGGACUCCGACUAGAACACUAUUACAAGCAAGGUGGAACAUACGAAAUGAUUCUGAACUGCAGCAACCCAGUGAGCAGGAUUGUCCUCAUGACCACGAUCAAAACGAUUAACUUCAGUGUCUAUUUAUUCAAUGUAUCUUACAGCAGUGUUAACCUGCAUAACGAGAGUGAAUCUGCGUUGUUCAAGAUCGAGCUACAGCUGUAUGACUUUACACGUCCUCCAAACAAUGUCACUCUAGAGUGGAAUUUUGGUGAUGGCUCUGGUCUUGUUCAGGCUGUUCCUAUGACUAACUUUUCUAUACAACAUAUCUACCCAAAUAGAGGACACUAUUCAGUAUAUCUAGAAAUAAAAUAUAUUAUUGAUAAUGAUAUCAGAAAUAUAAACCUCGAAAUAAGCAUGGGAGCUUUUAACAUAUCGCUAGUUUCCUCUGAAACAUCCGGACUAGUGUCUGUGACACAGUUCAGUUUUGAAAUUGCAAACUGUUUACAGGGAACGACUGCUAAUAUUGAUGUCGUUUGGGGUGAUGGAAGUUCCGAGCAAAUCAAUUUGUCGGCAAACGAAACAAAAUUAGUAGGUCACACAUUUGGUUUGGCAGGCACCUUUACACCACAAAUCAAAGCAAUGAGUGCCAAAGGUACUGAACUGUCAUCCGUUAAUGAUUCUAUUUUAAUAGACAAUCCAGUUAAAGAUCUAACAUGGAACAUACCAGCGUCAAUUCAGUUCGGUAGUACAUUUUCUCUAGAUAUAAAAUACACCGGCAGUUUGGACAUAAAUAACGUCACAUGUACGUUUGACUACGAUGGUGUUGUAAACAUGACAAAAAUUAACUUCUCGUCGCAGUCUACCCAGCUGUCUGGUCCCGAACACAUCUUUGCCACGAUGGGAGAUAAAACGAUAUCUGUAAACUGUUCGAACCAACUAUCUUUCCAAACAGUGACACAAACAAUUGUAGUGGUGGGCGGAUGUUUUACUGCCGCAAGAAUGUUUGAACAGAAAUACAGAGAUAUCAGCACACCACUUAAGGCAUACACAUCGCUGAUGCCAAUCAUCUCUGAACGAAUAGAAUUUUCAUCAAAAUGUCAGAACAGCACUGAACAGACCUUCGAGUGGACAGUUGAAGAACAGCGGCCGUCUGGGUGGAGUAAACUCAAUGUUGCCAGUCCAAAUGCCAAGGUCUUUGAUAUUGCCAUGUGUGAACUUGGACCCGGAUUGUACAGACUGUCGUGCAUCCUGACUGUUUAUGGAUCGAAGGUGGAAUCGAUCAAAGACAAGAUGUACUUAGAACUCAUAGACCCACCUUUAAUUGCCGAGAUAGCAGGAGGCGCACAGUUGACUCUUAAAAGUGAUGCUGAUAUUUUCUUAGAUGCCAUUUCCAAUUCUUUUGAUCCAGUGAUAGGUUACGGGAAAGAGAACCAUCUUGAUUUUUCAUGGCGGUGUUUUGAGGUAGUAGAGGAUGACGUGGAGAGGUAUUUAACCCCAGAGAGUGAUGACAUCUCGUACGAGGACGGUACAACCUGCACGCUUAGCUUCACGUCCGCCGGUGUGGUGACAGUCCCCGCGUCGUCUUUGCAGCCCAAUGCUUGGUUCUUAUUUGAAGUUGUUGUUUCCAAAGACGUCCGGUCAGCAAGAGCUAUUCAAGCCAUACACAUCGUAGACGAUGAUAGACCAGAAUUCUUUCUGUACUGCAGGUGGAACUGUGAAAUGAAGAGAACUAGACGAGUUCGCAUGAUAUACGACAGUCACUUAAACUGCACUAAUUGCACGGAUGUCGAACUGACAGCGGCAACAUACCAGUGGCAGCUGCACAAAUACAACGGGAUUAACUAUGGUCUUGUUCCAAACGUGCCCGUUCUGUCAGACCGACCUGCAAGUGUUUUCGAACUUGCGGCUGACUUUCUGAAACCUGGAAAAUCGUACAAACUGAAGGUAACGGUGUCGAACGUAGGAGCUCUCCCAUCUGCGUGGGCGACUGCAUUCUUCACUGUGAGUGAAGAACCUUACGACGGAACCUGUACCAUUAACCCUUCAAAAGGUAAUGCUACUACAGAUGAUUUUUCAUUCGAAUGCAAGGAUUGGAAGGACGAAGGACCUCGUUACGACCGCAACAUCACCCUGGAUGCCGACGAGCCUCUCACUUACGUCAUCUCGCAGAUCAAAGGAAACGUAGCUCAAAUCAUCUACACCGGAAACGAAGCUACUACGGUCCAAAAGUUGGAAGUCUGUCCUGAAGAAGAUAACAAUGUGUGUAAAAUUGAAAUCCGAAUACGGGAUCUAUUCAACGCAGAGGCUAUUGAGUAUCUCUUUGUCAUCAACUUAACUCCUGAUAUUCCAGCAGUAUCGCUGGGAGUCCCGUAUAACCCUGAGGAAGGCAAUCCGGUUUUAAGACGUUUCCUAGAAGAUACCGAAUUAGCCAUUAAAUUGAUUAAGAUGGGCAGAGAUUCGGAGAAAACGGCAAAAGUAGCAUCCACGUAUAUGUCAGCCAUAAACAUAAUGGCUUUGCCAGAAGUCACAUCUAACGCUAUCACCGAUGCUGUUGCUGCAGGUGACGGUGAUGUAAACAAUGUCAUAGCUAACGCUUUAACAUUCCUGACGUCUCCUAAUCCUGAGAUGGCUCGCAUUCAAGAGACCACAGCAGUUUUAACCAGUGCCACCCUGGAUGCAAUCGAAUUGCUAGUGAUGGCUCCAUUUACUGUCGGUCCUGGCAACACCGACAGCAACGGCAAUGUCUUACCUACCACAAAACCAUCAGUUGAAGUCCUCGGCAUGUUAACAUCGGCUUUGUCAACGACCAUUAAAAAACCAGAAAUUGUGAUGCCCGGUAUUGAGUCCAAUGUGUCGAAUGGCCUAAGCACACUAAGUAAAGUGUUCGUGGAUACUCUGAACUACACCAGAGAUAUCAGCCAGAUUGAGUCUGCAAUGGAAGCUAUAGGAGCCGGUGUGAGCACGCUGAGCAAGAUACAGGAAAAUAAGGACCUCGUUGAGGAUCUAGAGGACAUGGACGGUGCUGAGAUCUUUGUGAAGAAGGAACUCACUAAAGGAGAGCGCAUGCUCAAUGACUUAGAAAGAAAAUACAUGAAGAAAGUCGUCAAAAAAAGACGUGAGGUUGACAGACAGAAGAGGCAGAAACAUAUUGGAAAAACACUUAAUAACUCAGACAUUAUAACAAGCAGCAUGUUUGCGCUAAUGAGCAGGAUACAAAAGAAAACUCUGGACCAGGAAGCAUUUGGUUUAUCUAUAGAAGAAGACACUGUGCAAGACAUAGUCAACAGUAGUCGAGCACAAGUGAAUGGCGCAAACUUUAAACUGAAUGGUCUGAACAACGCGACAGUUGGAAACGAGGAACCCGUUAAGCUCCAGCUCAGGGUCGUCAAAAGCAACAUCUACACUGAUGGCGACAAUGCCAAACUCGUCAACUCGCCUGUCGUGGUUGCCCAUGUACAGAAAGAGGACGGCUCUCUAGCAGAAAUUUCAAAACCAGUCGUCAAACAGACUGACCCAGCGAUCUCCUCGUACAAGCUAAUCACACCCCAGUUCAUCAAAGAAGAUGCUGCUAAACUGUUCUACCACAGAUUUUUCUACAGGAAUGCUCUACUAAAUAUCUGCUUAUCUGUUCUUCCGAUUAACGACAUCAAACUUGUUUACGACAUGUUUCUCAGAACUGGUACACCACCCACUGACAUCACAUAUGACCAUUAUACAUCUUACAAGCCGAAAGAGGGAGAGUCCGGAAUUAACUACUGUAUUCCUGCAGGCACCCUAAAGCGUACGGGUCAGGUCUAUCUGGGAUUACAACCGAGAUUAAAUGAAGAUGAUCGAGUUUUGCGUCGAAAAAGGAGUGUGGACAUAAUAACGUAUUCUGGAAACAGCUCGACAGCCUCUAACGAGUCCAGUGUUCUCGAGACUCCAUACUUGUUUCGAGUCACCACAAUCGGAUGUUUCUCAUGGGAUGCACAGCUUCAAGACUGGAAUAGCAGCAAGUGUGAGUUCUCAAGAGACGAGCUUCACAACGAGACGACUUGCGUCUGUCCAGACACAAAGGAUCUGGUGGCGAGCGUUUCGUUUUUUGUGGCGCCAAACAUGAUCGACUUCUCCACAGUGUUCAGCAAGUUUGAUAUUGCAGGCCAGGCAGCAGUAUUGUCAACUCUGAUAGUCAUCUUCACUCUGUUUGUUAUCACCGCUCUGUUCUCAAGGUACAAAGAUGGCCAGGACGUUCUUCAGUGGGGCGUGUCGCUGCUGGAAGACAAUUUCUGUGAAGACUCGUAUUUCUACCUGAUAACGGUUUACACUGGAAUGAUUCGACAUGGAGGAACCACGUCUAAGAUCGAGUUCAACAUAUCUGGCGAGAAUGGAGACUCUGGUAUCAGAGUUCUUACAGACGGGGUCCGCAAGACAUUUGGUGCAGGGAGUGUUCUACAUUUCAUCAUUGCGGUGCCACACUCUCUGGGUAGACUACAGUGUCUCGAAAUCUGGCAUGACAACUCUGGCAAGGGACCCUGGGCGUCCUGGUAUCUCAACAGAAUAGAGAUCGUCGACAUUCAAACAAAAGAAAGAAAUGAUUUCCUCUGCUAUAAAUGGUUGUCACUGGAAACAGGGCGGAUUGAAACAGCCAUUGGUGCCGGAUCUGCUGAAAGUAUGAAUAACUUCAAAACAAUGUUCUUUGAACAUGCUAGGCACAAUGUGACUGAUGAUCAUCUCUGGCUGUCGACCGUACUGAGACCCGUGAAGAGCCACUUCAGUCGAGUACAACGAGUUGGUUGCUGUUUGGCUUUGAUUCUUCUGUCCAUGAUUUCAAACGCAAUGUUCUUUCGAGGCAAGAAAUUUAAAGACAGAAAGCAGUCAGCAGAUCUUGAAUUAGGACCAAUAAAGUUCAAUUUCUCUCAAUUAUGGAUUUCGUUUGUGAGUGCCAUAAUUACGGCUAUUCCAGUAUUUGUGAUAAUGCUGCUCUUCAGAAAAUCUAAGUUGAGCAAGAGCCAGUUGAAUACAAAUGAGUACACAACACACUGGAUGUUUCCAUGUUUCAAACGAUUCAAGUUCUACAAGGACAGUGUCGCACUGCAGAAGGUGUUGGUCAUAAAAGAUAUUGUAGAUGACGAGGAGGGUGUCCUGCCUCACUUCUGUGUCUACAUUGGUUGGGUCCUCGUGGCUUUGGCUUCACUGGCAUCAGCUGUCUUCAUCUUUCUGUACAGUGCACAGUGGGGAAAAGAUAUUUCUGAAGAGUGGCUUGCCACGUUCUUCUUGAGCUUCUUUGAGUCCAUGUUCAUCCUCGAUCCAUUUAAGAUUUUUAUUAUCUCAAUCAUAUUUGCAAUAAUUCUGAAGAACAUCAAAGUAGUUCGACCCACAGUAUUUGAUUUAGGCUACAUCAAAUCCAUGAAUACCAAGAAUGGCAAAUCAACAGAAACACGAAGAAGCUUGGACUACAAACACCCAUUCUCUCGGUCGAAAUUAAAAACAGCCAUGCUAAAAUUUAAGCAAAAGUCGAAGAUCCAGAAGGCUAUCAGUGAGUUUCUGGUGACUGUUUUCCUCCUCAUUCUCCUCUGCACCAUCAGCUACGGCAAUCGGGAUCCUCACGGCUUCCUGCUACGCACAAACCUGGAAAACCAGCUGAUAUCACCUGGAAAACCGCUCAUCAAGUUAUCACAAGUUCACAGUGUUAGACAGUAUUAUCACUGGCUGAACUACACAGUGAUGGACGCCAUGUUUCCAGAAGAAAAUUACAACAACGAUCUGUUAGGGUCACGCGAAAGAGUGUUGAUGUCUGACCUGAACAAUUUCCGUGUUGGAGCGCCCAGACUAAGACUUGUCAGACAGAGAAAAACUUCAUGUUCCUUGCCGUACAUAGGCACUGUAAAAUGCAUUCCUCGAUAUUCAUUGACUACUGAAGAUACUAGCGACUACUGUGAGGGUUGGAAAUCUACAAAACCAUGUGAUGAGGAUGAAGGGUUGAGGUUAACAAGUGCAGCGUGGAGCUUCAUGCCAGCUUCGAAAAUCUGGGGUAUUCCAAUCACUGGAGGCUUCAACCUGUAUGGCGGUGGUGGUUACAUAGCAGAGCUGGACAUCAGUCGCCCAGUGGCAAAGGAAUCAUUGACCGAACUGAUAGAAACAAUGUGGAUUGACCGUCAAACAAGAGCUGUGUUUUUAGAGUUCACAGUGUAUUCUACAAACAUGAACAUGUUCGCUUACAUCAGUUUGCUGUCAGAGUUUCCAGAAACUGGAUCACUUCUCCACUUCACAAAUAUAUUCACCUUCAGAAGCUUACAGCUUACUGGAACUCUGGGCACCUUCACUAUCAUCUGUGAGAUCCUCUUUUUGAUAACAACCGUCGUUUGGGCGAUUGUUAUUGGUCUUCGAUUGCUCAAAGAAAGAUGGACUUUCUUUAACCAGUUCUGGAACAUCAUCGAACUCGCCACUGUCGGUUUAUCGUUUGGAGCAAUCGCCUUGUACUUUUAUAGGCUACGGUUCACCACAGAAGCAUUAGCCAAGUUCAGAGAGAACACUCGCAAAUUCGUCAACUUCUAUCACAUUGCAGUAUGGGACAGCAUCUUCAUUUACGUUGUUGCCAUUAUUCUGGCCAUUGUCACAGUACGGCUUAUCAAGGUUAUGGCCUAUAGCAAGUUCACACACACAGUUUUCAUUGUGUUGAAGCAAAGCUCCAAGACGCUCCCGGGAUUCUUUUUCUACAUCAUCAUGAUCCUUCUGGCAUUCGCUGCAUGUGGCACCCUGUUCUUCGGCGCAUAUGCGAAGGAAUACAAGGACAUCAUCACAUGCUUAGAAAGUCUCUUCUCGGGCGUGCUGGGCCAUGCAGGAUUCACCAAGAUGAACAUCCCAGCAGAGAGCAACUGGUUUGGUUUCAUAUACUUCGUGACCUUCAUCAUCAUUGUGACCUUCACCCUGGCCAACAUAUUCAUGUCAAUACUGCUGGAUACAAUGGACUUGCUACAAAGUGACAAGAAUGGAGAGCUGGAUCUUGAGAUGACGACAUUCCUGUGGCAUUCUGCUAAAGAAGUCAUAACUGGAAGGAAAAACGACAAGACUCUUGAGCCUAAAAAUAAAACUCUUCGAUUGACCAAGACAUUGCCGAAACCAGAAGAAGUUCAACCAGAACUGUAACGUCACCUGCUCUAUUUACUCUGAUGUCACCAGCAAAUGUCACUGUGUUGUCGCCAAGUCUAUUCACUCUGACGUCACCUGCGGUAUCCACAAUGACUAUGGAGACAAUAGAUUCCUCUUCAUCGUCUACAGACAUUUGCAUUAAUCUACUGACACUAUGUAUGGUCAUUGUCAUUGUUACUGCUGCUACUACUACUGCAGAUAAUUCCUUAUAAAUAUACUUAGUGGAACAAGUUGUUUCUAUAUUAGAGCACACAUUGAAAGUGGCAAUGCCAGUUCUCUGUGAAGAAGUUUAGGGUGGAGUCUUAGGCCCGGUGAUCACUACAUGUUCAGCAAUUCAUUCUAUGAAUCUCUCACUGUUGAUUUCAUGAACGUAAUGGUAAAUGUUAUGACAAAGGGGCCAUAACUCCUGAAUAAAUGUUUAAUGUUAGUUCUUUUGGAUAUAGGCACGUACAUAAAGUAACAGUUUUUCGUUGUACAUAUAGAACGUUUAUAUUAACUCAGGAGGUCACCUGUUUCUAUUUUUUUCUUCGAGAGGUGAUAUGGUCUAAUUGACGGUGGAUUGACGGAUUGACGGUCAUCCGCCUAUCCACCGGCGAUUAGACGAUAGCACCUCUCGAAAACAAAAUGGUAACUGGUGAUCUCCAUUGUGAAAUACCUUUUACCUUCUUUUCUUUUAUUUUCUGUAAAUUAUAUUUAUUUAUGUUUAAUGUGAUAUAAAUAGCGAACUAUUUUCAUUCACGAAAUUCUCCGAACUUACUAAACGUUGUCUGUAGCUGAAUGACGUCAAUCGAUGGGACGAGUCCAUCAUGGGGGUAACGAAAUUGGAAGUAAAUUUUCAAAACUGGUUAUAUGAAAAAUACUAUUGUGUAUUUGAACCAAUUAUUAUUAUUAUAGACGCAAAAACAACAAUAACAACAACAUAAUGCUUUAAACUGAAAGCAAUACCAAUAAACCACUUUUAAGAUGGAAGAACAUAAUAAAAUUUCAAAUAUCCUGCAAUAUGGAACUGUCUAAAAUGUAAACUUGUAAAAGUGUUUGUCGAUCAAACAUAUUUGAAUAGAUUCGUUUUUAUUUUUGUGCUACGUUGCAAAUUCAUAUUUGUUGUGUGAUAAUGGUUGUGAAUUACAACUCUACAGCCUGUCAUUUUAGGUAGGUGUAAUUUGAGUAAUUCUGUUGAUGUUGGGAGCUGUGUUUGUUGUAAUAUUCGUGUUUUUACAAGUUCGUUUGAAAACUUUGAGAGGCCGUUAUCGGGUAAACGGGGGUCACUUGUUGCGUUUUCAAUUUGGGCUUUACACGACGAUUUUUCACUGCUAGGUGCACUUAAGGGAUCAAUAUUUUCAUGAAUUUGUUGUAGAAGUUUUUAAUAUUUGUGUUUUUGUUUGUCAGUUGAAUCAUGUUUGUACAC